AUGUUACAUAGAGAUGGAAGCUUUGAUAGUGAUACAAGAGUUCUUAAUUCAACUGAUCAACGUUCCUCUUUCGGCAGUUCACUUUCGGAUGAAAUACUCACAGUAAACGAUGAUUUACAACCAACUACACCACCAUUUGCAGCUAGUUUUCAAAAAUAUGAAAGCUCUGAUAGCGAUACAAGAGUUCUUAAUUCAAGUGAUCAAAGUUCCUCUUUCGCCAGUUCACUUUCAGAUGAAAUAUUCCAAGUAAACGAUGAUUUACCACCAACUAUACCACCACUUGCAACUAGUUUUCAAAAACAUGAAAGCUUUGGUAGUGAUACAAGAGUUCUUAAUUCAAGUGAUCAAAGUUCCUCUUUCGUCAGUUCAUUUUCAGAUGAAAUACACCCGACUACGCCAUUAUCAAUAAAUACUCAUAUAGCACAAGAACAUUCGCCACAAAGUGGAUUUUUUAAUACACAAGGACAAUCAUAUAAACCACCUUCACAUUCUUCAUCUCAAGAGAAUUUAUAUCGUCCUGAUGAUAGAUCAUCACUAACCCAAGUAACAUCAGAAGGUGAUAGUAAUGAAGGAGUUGAGUUUAAAAGUCCAUUAUUUAGAAAUAAAACAUUGUCGCCACUAGCGGGUACGGCAACAACGAUACCAAGUGAUUAUAGACCACUUAGUUUAAGAACUGCUGCUAGAAUGAGUCAACUUGUAGGUGAAACAAGUUCAGCUGUGCAAUCUGGAAGAUUUAGUAGUGGUAAUGAAAUGAG